UCACGGCGUCGUCGUCGUCACACCAAUUUUAUGAGAUAGAUAACUUUCUUCCUCAGUGGCUCCUUCAGCAUGUUGCUGCAAAUGGCAACUUCAUGUCACCUUCUCACCCAUGCUCAUGCCCAAGGAGGGCUACUUCUCGUGCACAAAAGAGGCAAUUCCAGAAUCUCUGGAAGAUCCCGGCCCUCAGCACGAACAAACCAAGGAUGCUUUUCAAAUCUUCCCAUAGUUUCAGCCUCAUUCAGUCACAUGCCAUCAGACAUUAGCAUCUCAUCCAGCAUCUCCAACAGUCCUGUCCUUUUAGAACAGACGAACCCAGUAAUGGUCACAGCGUCACAACCCAUGUUGGAUCACUUGCAUAACAUCUUUCUAGCAGAUUUGGAUCCUGGAACAGCGAAACUGGCAAUUGCCUUCUUGGGUCCCGCCUUAUCAGCCUUCGGGUUCCUGUUCAUAUUGAGAAUUGUCAUGUCUUGGUAUCCAAAGCUUCCUCUCGAGAAGUUCCCUUAUGUUAUAGCAUACGCUCCCACAGAGCCGAUCCUUGUGCAGACCCGGAAACUGAUUCCGCCGCUCGCAGGUGUGGACGUAACCCCGGUGGUCUGGUUCGGGCUCCUCAGUUUCCUCAAUGAGAUCUUGGUUGGUCCUCAGGGUCUUCUUGUUCUUGUUUCUCAACAGCAGGUUAACUAGAAAUUCCAGGAAAAAAAACUUGAAGAAAGAGUAGCUACUGAUCACAAUGUCACAUUUUAUUUGUCAUAUUUUGUAAAUUUUUCCUAUAAAUAUUCAUUGGCCAAGAUAUAUA